CUUCAAUUGCAGAGGACAGUGUUUCGAACAAAUCGGACCCAAACAUUCAGGAAUGCUGUUGAUUUUUAGGUCCCAUCGAUGCUCAAUCGAACGGUCGUGGUAAUGGAAUUUGUCUACCAUUCUCACCUCCUACUCUCACAGUGAAAGUAAAAGUCUAUGUUAGGGUUCAUGGAAGCUUCCUUUUGAGAAACUGGAAAGUUCGACGCGGAAUUUGUUUUUAUCAAUUAGAUAAUGGAGAAUCCCGAUCAGGAUCAGCAAGAUCCGAGGACUGUCCCUGGUGUGGAGGACACAACUGCAAUGACUAUCGAGUUUCUUCGUGCUCGACUUCUAUCGGAACGAUCUGUUUCAAAAAGUGCAAGACAAAGAGCUGAUGAACUAGCAAAAAGAGUUGCAGAACUGGAGGAGCAGCUAAAGAUCAUUACUCUUCAAAGAAAAAUGGCUGAAAAGGCCACAGCAGAUGUGCUUUCCAUUUUAGAAGAUAAUGGGGUUAGCGAUAUUUCUGAGACAUUUGAUUCGAAUUCGGACCAUGAAACACCAUGUGAAUCGAAAGCUGGGAAUGACCCCGCAAGAGAAGACGUGAACUCGAGUUCAAUACGAAGGAGAAAUGAACGUGAAGAAUAUGCAGGUUCUGAUAUUGAUACUUCUCCAGUGCUAGGUGGAAGCCUGUCUUGGAAAGGACGCAAGGAUUCACCACGUACUCGUGAGAAGUACAAAAAAAUUUCUGUAAGAAGUCGAAGCAGUUUCGCUUCUAUUGGUUCUUCGUCACCAAAACACCAACUUGGAAGAUCGUGUCGCCAGAUAAAACGUAGAGAUGCGAGACCACUAGCUGGGGAGCAAGAGCUCAAAUCGGAGGCGUCCGUGGAUUGUUCUCCAGAGAUCGCACCAUCUACUUGUUCAGAAGACUCUCGGAAUUUCUCUGUAAACGGGCACAAGAUAUUGAGAGAUGGCUAUGAACUUCACGAAAAAACACGCUCAGGUUCUUCUGAAGUUCAUGGUAACGUAGGAACUAAAGAUCGAGAUCACGAUUUAGAUGGGUAUGAAAACGUAAACGAUAUGGAGAAGGCAUUGAAAUGUCAAGCACAACUCAUUGAUCAAUAUGAAGCAAUGGAAAAGGCUCAAAGAGAAUGGGAAGAGAAGUUCAGAGAAAAUAACAACAGUACUCCGGAUUCUUGUGACCCUGGAAACCAUUCAGAUAUCACCGAGGAAAGGGACGAGAUCAGGGCUCAAGCUCCAAAUCUAUCUGAUGAGCCAAAAAUGCAGGUUGCAGUAGAUUGUGUCUCUAGAGGUUCGUCUCGAGCUCCGCCCAAUACGCUUGGCCCAUCUCCGUGUGCUGAUGUGGAAGACAUGCAGGAUCAGAACACGAAUAGUGUUUCUACUUCACGGUCACUCGAAGAAUUUACCUUUCCUAUGGCUAAUGUGAAUCAAUGCCAAGAAGAACCUUCACGUACCUCUGAACUCGGUCGUGGGAUCCCGGCCAGGCCAUUAGUAUCUCAUGGUGAUGCUGGUAUCCAUAGCCAAGAAACUCCGUACCGUAACAAUGAUCUAUAUGCAUUGGUGCCACACGAACCACCUGCGUUAAAUAGUGUCCUCGAUGCGCUUAAACAAGCGAAGCUAUCACUAACAAAGAAAAUCAACCAAGUACCCUUUGCAUCCCAUUCUGAUCCAAAAGCUGGGGAUAGGUUAGACAUCCCUGUUGGAUGUGCAGGGCUCUUCAGGCUUCCAACUGACUUUGCUGCCGAAGCUUCGAGUCAAACGAAUUUCCCAGGUUCGAAUUCUCCGUUAAGAUUGACAACUACUCGUUAUCCUGGUGAUAGUGUUCAAAUUUUCCCCGGUCAUGAAAUGGAGGAUAGAUCGAGUUUUCUAAGAGACCCUCGUUUACGCAACAGCAACUACCACACUAGUUCGGGUUUCGCACGAGAUGGGUUUCUAACCAACCAUUUUCCUGAGAAUAGAUGGAAAAAUCCAGGCCAGAAGCCUCAUUUUGAUCCAUCACGUCCAGUUUCCUCAAGCGUUCAUCAUAACGAUGGUUUUUUAAGAACUUUUCCGGGUCGGACCGCAGAAAUGCCUCCGCCGAACCAAUAUUCAUUCUAUGAUGAUCAGUUUAGGCCAAAUAUGUAUAGAUAGUUACUUGUAGUUAUGAGUAUUAACGUGAAACAUUUCAGGUUCCAGGAGGAUGGCUAGAAGGCUAGAAGGCUAGAAGGAAAUUGGCCUUGUAUCAUACUGUAAGUUGAAGUUGUUCUGCUUAUUUUACUCUCAACUUUCCAUAUACAAAUAAACUAUUUGAUGAUUUGAAUCCUAUACUCAUUUGUACUGAGGAUUAUAUGUUUACAUCAAAUUCUAUGUCAUCAGAUGUUCAUGUGUUC